AGGCUUACAGACCUGUACUUGCGAGAAAAAAAGCCAUACUACGACUGUAAUACAGAUAAUUUUGAUGGAUCAACUCAGGAAUUGUUUUUUCCACUUUAUCGUCAAAAAAUCUGUGAUGAUAAAAGUGUAAUUUGUCGAAAGGCAAGUUCAAAGCAGUCAUCGAGGACACGAAUAAUAACUAGCACCUUAUAUCCAACACCCGAUCCAAAAUCGAAAUCACCGCAUGAUCUUGGAAUCGCAUAA